AUGGGUGUUGCGUCCUUCUUCAGGGAGCGGUCGCUCAAGGCCAACGACAAGAGCCGCACAAGAGCUGCUGAGCUCACGUUGAGAGAGUCCAUCUUUCCCCUCGCACUCGUCACCGUCCUCUUCUUCCUCUGGGGCUUCAGUUACGGCUUGCUCGACACGCUGAACAAGCACUUUCAGAACACGCUCCACAUCGACCAGGCGCGUUCUUCUGGUCUGCAGGCCGCUUACUUUGGCGCAUAUCCACUGGCCUCCCUCGGUCACGCAGCCUGGAUUCUCCGCCACUAUGGAUACAGAGCCGUCUUCAUCUGGGGUCUCUUCCUGUACGCGGUAGGCGCUGCCAUCGCCAUUCCUUGCAUCAAGGCCAAGUCCUUUGGCGGCUUCUGCGCUUCCAUCUUUAUCAUCGGCAACGGCCUUGGCUCUCUGGAGACUGCCGCCAACCCCUUCAUCACCGUUUGCGGCCCGCCAAAGUACUCUGAGAUUCGAAUCAACAUUUCCCAGGCUUUCAACGGCAUUGGCACCGUCAUUGCCCCUGUUCUCGGCUCAUAUGUCUUCUUCAACUUCAGCGACGAGCGUGCUCUACAGAACGUGCAAUGGGUUUACUUGGCUAUUGUCGUCUUCGUUCUCCUGCUGGCGUCCUUGUUCUUCCUGGCCAAGAUCCCUGAGAUCACCAAUGCUGAUAUGGCAUUUCAGGCCCAAGAGGCCUACGGUAGCUCAGACGAUAAACCCCUCUGGAAGCAAUACCGGCUCUUCCAUGCCGCACUCGCCCAGUUCUGCUACACCGGCGCCCAGGUUGCCAUUGCCAGUUCCUUCAUCAACUACGCCGUGGCGACUCGACCCGGCACGUCGAGCAGCCUUGGCUCCAAGCUGUUUGCCGGUGCCCAAGCUGCCUUUGCCAUUGGCCGUUUCACGGGAAGUGGCAUCAUGCGCUUCGUAAAGCCUCGAUGGAUCUUCCUCGUCUUCAUCAGCAUGGCCAUCAUCUUCAUCUGCCCGGCCACCACCCAGGGGAACAACACCGGCGUUGCCAUGCUCUACGUCGUCCUCUUCUUCGAGUCCGUCUGCUUCCCCACCAUUGUUGCCCUCGGUAUGCGUGGACUCGGCAGACACACCAAGCGUGGCAGCGGCUUCAUCGUCGGUGGUGUCGUCGGCGGUGCUUGUGUGCCCCCCUUGACCUUUGUGGCUGCGGAGAAUCAGGGCAGCGGCAUCAGCAUGGUCGUGCCCCUGUCUUUCUUCCUCGUGGCAUGGACAUAUGCUUUCUGCGUCAACUUUGUCCCUGCGUAUCGGGACGUUGUGGAUGCCUUUAACGAGACGGACAUUGGCCUACAGGGUCACUCUCACGAUGAGGAGAUUGCGGAGAAGAUUGACAACGAGAAGCCCAUGGUUACUACAGUUCAGUAG